GAGGCUCCGCCCCCAUCAGUCUUCUCCAAUACAACCAUUAAAGUGACUUCAAGCGGACUUCAUACCGGAUUAAAAAUGUCCAUUUUGUACUUUAUAUUAAUCCUGGCAGCUCAUGUUUUGGGGAUACUGUUGUUGUUGCUCUUGCUAGCCUUCAUUGGCUACUGUGUGUACAUUAAAUAUGUGCACAUGAAAUAUGAUCACAUACCCGGACCACCACGGGAAAGUUUUUUGUUGGGAAAUUCUCCUGCUAUCAGGAGGGUAAUGGCAAGGGAUGGAAACGCACACGACUUAUUCCUGGAAUGGGCAGAACGUUAUGGAUCAGUGUACAGGAUUCAUCUCUUGCACUACGUACUGGUGUGCACCACUAGUCCAGAGGCCAUUAAGGAAGUCCUGAUGUCCUCAAAGUACCCCAAAGACCUCUUCCUCCACAACCGACUCUUCAGCCUGUUUGGUCAAAGGUUCUUUGGAAAUGGGCUGGUAACGGUUAUUGACCACAACCAAUGGUAUAAACAGCGACGUAUCAUGGACCACGCCUUCAGCUGCCUGUAUCUCCGCAGUCUGAUGGGGACGUUCAACGAGCGAGCAGAGAUGCUGAUGACCAAACUGUCGGACUUCGCCGAUAGAAAAGUGGAGACCAACAUGCUGCAACAGGUCAACUACGUCACCUUAGACGUAAUAACCAAGGUUGCCUUUGGCAUGGAUUUAGAGCUGCUGGAGAACACUUCGCUCUUCCCCAAGGCCAUUGAGACGUGUCUUAAAGGGAUGAUCUACAAUAUACGCGCCGUCUUCUUUCAGUUCAAUCCCAAGAACUGGCCCUUUGUCAAGGAAGUGAGGGAAGCGUGCAAGCUGCUGCGCUCCACCGGAGCCCAGUGGAUCCACAACAGGAAGGUGGCCAUCAAAAGCGGUGGCAACGUACCGAAAGACAUCCUCACACAAAUCAUCAAGGCAGUCGGCAAAGAAGAAAGCAUGACCAAAGAUGACGAAGAGGUCAUGUUGGACAAUUUUGUCACUUUCUUCAUCGCUGGACAGGAAACCACGGCUAACCAGCUAGCUUUCUGCAUCAUGGAGCUCGCUCGUCAUCCUGAUAUUCUGGACAAAGCCAGGAAGGAGGUGGACGACGUCAUUGGGAUGAAACGUGACAUGAGCUACGACGAUCUCGGCAAGCUAGUUUACCUCUCACAGGUUUUAAAAGAGACUUUAAGGAUGUACCCAACAGCUCCAGGAACAUCUCGCUGUCUCCCCACUGACAUGGUCAUUGAUGGCGUCCACAUACCAGCGGGCACCAUUGCCAUGUUCAGCACCUACGUGUCCUGCAGGUUGGACAAGUUCUUCAAGGAUCCGAUGGAAUUCAACCCUGAUCGCUUUCACCCCGAAUCUCCAAAGCCUUAUUACUGUUACUACCCUUUUUCACUGGGCCCGCGUUCCUGCCUAGGAAAGAACUUUGCUCAGAUGGAGGCCAAGGUGGUGAUGGCCAAACUUCUGCAGAGGUUUGACUUCACCCUGACGCCAGGCCAGAGCUUUGACAUCUUGGACGUGGGGACCUUAAGGCCCAAGAGCGGGGUGGUGUGCUCCAUCAGACACAGGAAGCAGGGUGCAUGAAUACAACAGGAUUCAGAUGGACCAGAUAUGCAUUAAUAUCGAAAGGAAAAAACAUGUAUUAAGUGGUUUGCGCUAUUGGUGAUGAUUGUGGUAAACAUUUUAAUUAACUUUGCAGUGUAGUAAUCAUAAUAUAUUUUUUCUUUCUUCUAUGUAAUUUUAUAAACAGCUGCAUCAAUUGAAAGACUAUUCGCACAUGUAAUUGUUUAAUAAAAAACUGUAUAAAAUA